AUGCAUGGGGUCGGCGUGGCUGUGGUGGCAACCGGCCCCUCUCCUGCCAGGCCCAGUGGGCCUCUGGCCUCCAUUUCUGCGUCCUCUCAGGAGCCGGGGGCAGCGGGGCCUGCUCACCCCGCACCAGGGGGCUGUCAGUCCUGUUUGCCACCCAGGGGCGAGUUUGACAGAAAAAGCACUGAGUAUCGCUCGUGGGGCGCUGGCGAGUUUGCACUAUUGUAUAAAGAUAAGUUUUUAAUACGUCGGUGCCUUACAAAGCCGAGUGGUUAUCGUCUAAAGUUGCUGUUUGUGUUUUACCCGGCGCGGGCCCUGUGCCGCGCCCCGCCGCUCCAGCCCCCGCCGCGGAGGCGGGUUGUGAGCCUGGCCGUGUCCCCCACCGCCGGCCUGGCGGACGAGCGGGUGGAGACGCGGGUGGCGGGGCUGGGCCCGGGGCAGCCGGUCACCCUGCGGGCUGUGGCGGCCGAUGAGAGCGGCUGCCUCUUCCAGUCGUGCGCGCACUACCGGGCGGACGGCCGCGGAGAGCUGCACCUGGGCACCGACGCCUCGCACGGCGGGGACUACACCGGCGUGGAGCCCAUGGGGCUCUUCUGGAGCCUCGCCCCCGCCGGCAUGGAGAAGCCCUACCAGCGGCUCCUGCCCCGCAGCACCGGCACCCCGAUGAAGGUGGAGAUGUUGGUCCACCAAGGCCACAGCCAUCCCGGCGCUAUUCCCGGGCCGGUGGUGGCCAAGGCCGAGGUGGAGAGGUGGUUCACGGCCCCCGGCGUGCGGAGGAUCCGGCUGAAGGAGGGAGGCGUAAGGGGUUCCCUCUUCCUGCCGCCGGGGGAUGGCCCGUUUCCAGGAGUGAUUGACAUGUAUGGUGAUGAAGGAGGUUUGAUUGAAUUUAGAUCCAGCCUCCUGGCUACCCGUGGUUUUGCUGCCCUUUCUCUGCCAUAUUUUGACUUUGAAGAUCUGCCUAAGGUCAUGAAAGAAUUCAAACUCGAGUACUUUGAGGAGGCAGCUAGAUUCCUGCAGCGUCACCCGAAGGUGAAGGGACCAGGAGUUGGAGUGAUCGGGACUGGGAAAGGGGCAGAAUUAGCACUUUCCAUGAUCACCUUCCUGCCAGAAGUAGUGGCUGCUGUCUGUAUCUCUGGCUGUAGUUCCAACACAGUUGCAGACCUCCAUUAUGGUGAGAUGACUCUGCCCGCGUUGCGUUUUGAUAUGAAUAAGGUCAGUGUUUCUGAAGCUGGUGUAUUUGACACUUUUGAAGCUCUGGAUGACCCAACAAAUCCUGCUAAUUCUCCUUGUGUGAUCCCCAUUGAAAAAGCAAAAGGUCACUUUCUCUUAGUGGUAGGGGAAGGCGAUCGUGUGUGGAAGAGCUCCUUAUAUGCUCAGCUGGCAAUCGGGCGUCUACGCCAGCAUGGAAAAGAAAACUUUGAACUUUUGAGUUAUCCAGGAGCAGGUCACCGAAUCGAUCCUCCUUCUACUCCCUUUUGUCAGGUAGCUCUGGAUCGUGUUCUGGGGGUGCCUGUUCUGGGGGGUGGAGAGAGCAAAGCACAUGCCCACGCACAGGAACACUCCUGGGGAAAGAUUCAGGAGUUUCUGCACUUGCACUUGGGAUGAACACUUAAGCACCUGCAAGCUGUUGCAGAACUGCAGAGGACUGAGCUUGAGCCACCAAAAUGACUGGUGAAUUGGAGGGACUGACUGAGAAAAGCUUUGAAAUAUGAAAUAACCAAAUGACUACUCAGCUACAAGUAUAAAUCCAAAAAGAAAGGGAUGUAUUUAGACCAGUCUAACUUGUUUUAACUAGGUACACAGAGGAGAAGUGGAACAAUGACAAGUGGGCUGCAUUGCAGCAUGAAUUUGACAGCCUGAAUUGGUCAUGGUAUCAAGAAACAAGUAUCUGAAGAGAGUAGUAGGUACUUUCUUGCUUGCAGUAUUUAUGACUGAGAGAAUUUACCAGCCAGCCUGCACCCUCAGCAAUGACAGACUAGAUUGCAACUGGGGAGUGAUGGCAACCCACGGAUGAUACACUUUGAUAACAAAAUGAUGAAUGAUUCUGGCUUUGAGUCUGAAGUUACCUUAGCCCAGAAUGCUCAGAUUUACAGCCGUACACAGUUUGGAAAUGUUUUCUAUUUACCUGAAGCUGGGGAUACCUAUAUGUAAUGAGUCUUGUAUACCAUGACCUUAGGUAGUGGUCUUCUGGUGACAGUCUGUUUCUUUCCAACAAAAACUACCUGUAGAGUGGGAAAACAAAGAGUACUUUUCCUGACAUCCCAGGAGAAUGGCAGUACUAGCACUAUCUUGUGUUAGGGAUGUAACCAUCUCUUCCUAUCAUGUCUUGGAUUGGCUUUUGACACUCGGUAUUAAAAUUCUGUUGGAUAGGUUAAAGGAUGGUUAAAUGCAGUUGUGCUAUGUGUAACUCCUUUGUUGCUUAUUUUAAAUUAAUAACACCUGCUUUUAAGUUAGGGAUUAAUUACUCAUGGAACUCUAGUAAUGAUGCCAACAGAUGCUGAACAGCUGUUCUUGGGGAGGAAGCAAAGUUAAGAGACAGAAAAUGUAGCAGGAGAUUGACUGUAAAAAGCUGUCACCUUAUGGCUAUGAUUAUCUUAGAAUCACAACUACUUAAACAAACCAACAGCUUUCCUCCACCCCUCCUUAAAAAAAAAAAACCAACCCAAACUCAAAUCCGUGAUAUCAUUUCUAUGACUGCCUGAGAUUGGGUGGGUUUUUUUCAUCCUAACUAAUUUUUGGCAAGUGCCUCGUUUUUCCCCACCUUUCAGGUAGAAAGAAACAACUUCUUCCCAAAUGAGCUGAUCUCUCAAGAGGGUCUUGCUGGAGUGGUGCCAGCGCUGAAGGCCUGUUGAACAAGGGCCUCUGUCAAUACAAUUUCUCCUUCCACGAGGUCAUUUUGUCAGACCAGUUUGAGAGCUGCCCAGGAGGAUACAAAGCCUUCAUUCAUGGUACUGAAUUUUGCCUUGCUCUCAGGGAUCUUUUCUCUCCAGUUAACUGUCAUUAUGCUGCUGCUCAGGUCUCGUGAGUUUUCUGCAACUCUUAUUACUCCUUAUCAUUUGAUUGAAGUCAUGUAUUCUCCACGCGCCAUCACUGCCAAUCGAACCAUUUAUCCGUCCACUCCCUACAAGAGAAGCUCCAUCCUGCUCACUCCGCACAAAACCUCUUCCCGCCUCGUCUCUCUGCGCUCUCUCCCUGCCUGAAGAGCCCUUUGCACAGUCGUACCUGACUUGAACCUCCAUAAAACCACCAGCCGCAGAAGUCCAGGACCACGGCCUGCUGCGACGCGCGUGUUGGUGUCACCCAUGCUUGGUAUCCUGCCUUUUUUUUCCCCAAAACUCACUCCAAGUGGCAACCCCAGAGGAAAGGGUUGUCUGAAGGUUUCCUUUUGUCUGAAGGUUUCCCUGCCUCGUGUGCAUCUUCAGCAGUGGGAGCUGUGUCUGUUACCACCCGUGUCCCCACACCACCUUCCUACCUCAGUGUAGCCACUGCCACACGAGAUGGCAGGCGGGAUGUUGGGGGAGUAAAUGUUAAGUUGUAAAUAAACCAAAGCCCAGGUACCUUAAAAGUCCUCAGACUACAUUUCUAAAGCACAAGCCUUUGAGGUCAUGCGGUGUGAGAUGCCGUUGGAUACAUGCAAUUUGAAAGGGUAAAAUGCUUCCUGUGUUAAAAAGCGAGGCUGUGUAAGAAAAUGAGGUGAUGUUUUUGUUUCUGAAUGGUUUGUUUGCUUGGAAAACCGAAUGUUUUUGUUGUUUUUUUUUUAAACAAAGAAGAGAGGAAAAAUAAGAGGGAUGUAAUUUUACUAUGAAGGUCCUUGUGAGGAUAGGCCUGGAAAAAAUUAACGGCUAAACGAUCUGUUGAAAACCAGCCCAUUUUGCACUAGGGUUUGUGUACUCACGGUGCCGCUCGGGGACGCGCCGCGGGCAAUGUAGCAGUGUCCUGGAGCACACAUUAAACCCGGUCUCUGGUGA